CUGUCACAUUCAGACCAACAUAGCGGCCGCCAUUUGACACGCUUCCACAGAGAGAGAACUCAGAGAGGUGGAUACAUGAAGAAGAGGGCAGAAAUGAGGUCUUAUUUGGCUAAAUAUGACUCAUCUGAGGACUCGAUGUUGUGACUUGAUGGUGUGAGGUACUGCUGCUUUAAAGUUGUCAGAAUGGAUCUCAGUACCAAAUCUCAAGCCGGGUCAGCUCGGAGCGCCAGAGGGGCUACUGUGAAGAACGGAAACAGCAACAGGAGGAAAGAAAGAUGGUAAUGAACUUUGAUUCCGUGGAGGAGUCCAUCUGGAGCCUGCUGUCAGUGCCGUCCACCUUGACCUUCAGCCUGAAGACUUCUCCCUCCGAGUGACACCGUUCUGUGGACUGUGGUGUGCACCCUCCGAAGAGCAGAGCUUAGGGAGGCAGAAGCAUUUGAAGAAACCCCAUCCCAUAUCCCAAUCCCAUAAACGUCAUACCCUUGUAUAGCUAGCUGUUGUCUGCCUGCUGCACACCAGAAUAUAACCAUGGGAACCAGGUGCUGUGCCUAACUCGGUGUAUUGCUCCUGUGUACUUGGAGUAGCAUGGCCUCUCCUCCUCGUUCAUUUGCCCCAACACCUCCUCCAGCUCCCUGUGCUAGUUUUCCUGAUAAUUCCUCUUCCAGCACUUCCUUUGGCAAUCCUCUUUCAAAGGAAACUGCAACAGGACAAUACCCUGUAACUGUCCAGACCUCAUUCUUACCAUCUGUUUCACACCCCGCUACUUUCUCUGUGGAGACCAGAAUAUGUCCGGCCAAGCACGGCAUUGCGGUUUCUCUCUGCCUCGUGGAUAGUAGCAGUGCUCCCUCGUCUAGGCUGGCCAGGGACAAAGACACUGAAACUGAGUUGAAGCCGAUUGGCUUGGUGACUCCAAAUACAUGGGACAGCCACUUCAGCGAGACAGAGGAAAGUAAAACGAUGGAUGUUAGCAAAAAGGAAACAACAUGUGAAAAUACAGCUUUGUGCAAGGUUGAAGAGAAUACAAAACAAGUAUGUGAGUCUUCAGGACAGAUAGCUGCUAUAGAUGCGGACUAUAUUGAUAUUCUGCAGGCAAAUAGGCUUUUUGGACAAACUCCUUCAGCAACUGGGGGGCAGCAGAACUCUGAGUUGCAAAUGAAACCAAGAGCACAAACUCAAAAACAUCCAUCCGAAUUACUUAUGCAUUUACCUAAAAAAACACAAACACACAGUUAUGCUGCACCUUCAUCGUCUUUCCACCAUUCCCAGUCCCAUCACCCCCACCCUGAACCUUUACAGUGUGUCCGCACUGUCCAGUUCUCAGAGAAGCCCUGCACCCCAUGCAUGGCCAGGAGACAAGGGAAAGUGGUUUCCCAAACUCAGAAUUUGAAGUGUCGUCAUCGGGAAUCCUACAAGGCCGCUCUGAAAAACCCUGUGGCUGUUGGGCUGGAGAAGGCAAGAUCGAGGAUAUUAGGUGUUUUGACGGAAGAUGGUGGAAUCUCACGGUGUGAUGACAGAAGGAGACCAACAGACACUGAGAGAGGGGAGCCACAAUGGCAUGACCAAAAGCCUUGCUAUGAUUUUGUGACGGAAAACUUUCCCAAUGCCAGUGGACCCAUCUUUAAGGAAUCAGGAGAGACGCACACUGUUCCAUGUUGGAGACAUACAGGAGAUACAAACCCUGCUGUCUGUAUGUUCUACAACCCUGGAAGGUUUGACAGAAAAUCAGAACUCAUAACUCACAGGACCACCGUGCCUUUCCGAGAACCAACUGAUGCCAAAUGUUACAUAGGUUUACAAAAUGGGAAUGGAGCUAAUACUGAAAGAGUUUUGCCAUGUACCAAUGACCGCCAACAUGCAAAUGUAAUCUCUGCCAAUCACCACAGCUUAUCACAUAGUUGUUCCGAAAUCCCCAAACCUUGUGAAGGACCAAUUGGCAGACCCACUCCCACAGGAGCCAAAGCCAAACGGGAAUCCGAAGGAAGAUGUUCCUCCCUCUCCACAGCAGUGGUUGACACCUCAGAGAAGUGCCAGUUGGUUCUCAUUGAUGGUCAGAAUGUCAGGAGGGGGGCUCAAAGUGACACGUGUGCGGAUGUUCCUCAGCUACAUGUAGUUAAGUGUAAGAAAAGCACAGCUUUUCGAUUAGUAUCACCAAAGAUCAACAGGAUGAAGAUGGCCAUUCCAGAUGGGGCCAGUAGAUCCACCAAUGGUAGCGGGAUGGAGAUCUCUUCACCAGAAGCAGACACUCAUAAGAACCCUCAGUCGUUCUCUGCCCAUUCCAAUCCCAGACCAGACCAUCUUCCUUUGGGUUUCCCAGACCCCAGAGUUCACCCUCUGUAUCAAGGAGUAGCAGCACUCACAGGCAGGUUCUGAGGAGACUGUGAGGAGAAGUGUGCGAAUGUUUUAUGAACAACAAUGAAGGAGGCAACAAUGGACCAUGAAUUUUCACUUUAAGCUGUUUUGUCGAACCAUCCAGGAGGCAGAGACAGGACCGGCAGGGCGGUCAUUGAGCUUUAUGGAGACCACCAAGAAUGGAGAUCUAACAUGACCAGCCAAGAGCUCUUAGAAAUGCUGCUUUACUUCCACUCUAUCAUCAGGAGAGAACUCAGAGAAGCUGGGAUGACCCUAAUCUUUGAUGCAAGGAAGUCAAAUCCUCCACCGCUGCUUUACAAGGCCUUGAUGACGCUGCAGGAGCUCACUCCCCAGGCAGUGAACAGUUUGCUGCUUCUGAUAGACAAAGAAAGCAGCCCUCAACCAGAGAGGUGCCCCACCAUCCAGACUGAAGUGGUGUCGUCCCUGAAAGCCUUAAUGAAGCUGGUGGAGGAGAGUCAGAGGACCUUCUGCCUGGAUGGAACACUGUGUCACAACCACAGUGACUGGAUGGAGCUGCACCAGAAACUCUUUCCAUUUACGUCUGAUCUUCACGAGGCAUCCAAUUUGCUUCUGAGAGCAAUCAGUAAUUUGAAAGCUCCUCGAAGGAUGGACUCUGUUCAGACUGUGCAGCAGUGUAUGAGGGAGCAGAGGACUCUGAUGCGUGAUGUACUGGAGGACAAGCGAUUGGUUAGCCUGCAGAGGGAGGGUGGGGCCAUCCUGGCCAGGCUGAGGAAGGAAAGUGACCUCAGAUACCCACACUGUGAGGACCUCAGUGAUGCAGUAGACUCGCUGACUAGCCUGUACAACAACAUGGAGGAGCAGGUCCACAUCCUUGUGCAGAGCUCCAACAUGUCUCUGGAGCAUUUGGAGUAUUUGCUACAGGUCAGGGAGAUGGAGGGACACUUCACACAGAUACAACAGUGGUUUUAUGAAGAGGGAGAGCGGCACCUGCAGGAAGCCAAAUCGGUGGCAGACUCUGGAGAGCAACUCGAGCAAAUCCUCAACAGCUUCACUGCUUUUCUUAUUGAGGCUAACGAUCGUAGACACCAUGCCAUGUCAUUAGCUGAAGAGGCUGAGCACCUCCAGCAGGCUGGGGUGUCUUACCCAGAAACACAGGCCUUCUGCAGCCUUGUCUGCACGUUCAAGACAGACCUGGAGGACUUCCUGUGCAGAGCGGAGACAUGCGGCAGGGAGCUUCAGAUCAUGGUCAAUGUGUGUGAUUUCUGUGAGCAGGCUAGAACUCUGGCUGUUGAAUGCAUUGAGUACCUGAACCAGAACCAAACCAGGACCUCCAAAACCCAAGACUGGGGUCAAAGAAGAUCAGCCGCCAAUCAAACCCAUCAAAACCAAGAUGCUGGACCUAACGGUGUCCAUGCAAAGCUCAUCUCUGUCCCAACCACCACCACCAGUGUGUUGUCAUCAGACAAUGACAUCUCCAUGCUCCAAAUCUUCCAGGACAAGUUCCUCCAGUUCAGCCCAGACAAAUUUCAGGAAAUGAGAGCCCAGGCCAGUGCCCUGCGGGGCUCCACAGGGAUGAGGGUGUGGAACGUAGCGUGGCUGAUGUGCCAGGAGGCCCGGCAGCUGCUUCAGGAGAAGAUGCAGGGUACAGCAGAUGAGGUCUUGGACAGGAAGCCACAACGUAGCAGCUGUUGUGGGCGUCAUUAUGUCGAUGUGGCCAGCACUCAUGUUCAGACAGCACCACCUAGUGGUCUGGUGGUCCAGUCGACUCCGGGACCGCAGCACCCGCAUUGGGAGGCCAUUGUGUCUGGGGAGGUGGACUUAGGGAAUAGAAGACCAAUCUUGGACAACUGCAGCCCAACUAAAGCUAUCUGUGACAUUGUCAUCAAGCCUGAAGAUCAUGGUGACGCAGGAAGCAGCCGGAAGUCGAAGCUCACGCAGCAGUCUAGGUCAGUGAGGAAAGCGGAGCGAGAGACCAAGAGGAGCCGAGCGAGAAGUGACCGAGAUGCGGCCGCUCUCUCUCAGUCUCACACAGUUGGCUGCCAGUGGUUCCCGUGGGGCAGAGGCCUUCGAGCCAAGUCCCAGUCCCAGGUAGAGGCGUCCGAGUUUUCCACACCUCCAGAGGAGCAGGUUCGACGCCCAUCCUGCUCUCACCACGGUCAGCCGUCUUGUCGGAUCCUCCAAGAGGCUCAGAAGUUUCAGAUCUCCCGCCAUGGGAGUUUCUGCUCCGUGGGAUCCUGCACCAGCAAUCGGGGAGCCGUGGAAGGGGAUGGGGCUUAUCUCUGCAAACACUCCAGCCUGCCAACUGGGAGGAGUGAAGGAACGUUUUGUUUGGAAAGUCCACAAGAGAGCACCAACAAUGCUCUGAGGCUGCAGCGUGUCCUGGAGGAGCUGCUGUUCACAGAGCGGGAGUAUGUACGCUCACUGGACUACAUCCUGACUCACUACCUCCCCCUGCUGGACAGACCAGACAUCCCCCAGGACCUCAGGGGCAAGCGCGGUGUCAUCUUCGGGAACCUGCAGAAGCUUCAUGACUUCCACAGUCACUACCUCCUGCCCGAGCUGGAGGCUUGCCAGCGGGAGCCUGCCAUGGUGGCGCGGUGUUUCCUCAGACACAGUGACAGUUUUGGACUAUACGCACUCUACAGCAAGAACAAACCACAGUCAGAUGCCCUUAUACUACAUCGCCGCCAUGACAUCUUUAAGAGUAAGCAGCGGGAGCUCGGGGACAUGAUGGACCUACCGUCCUACCUGCUGAGGCCCAUCCAGAGGAUCAGCAAGUACAGCCUGCUGCUGCAGGACAUGCUGGCUCUGACGGCCUCCCACUGGCCACAAGACAUUGCCCAUGAUGCCCUGGGGGGCCACUCCCCUGACCUGAGCAGCAGGGAGAGAGAGCAGGCUGACAUCCGGGCUGCCGCAGAGCUGGUUCGCUUUCAAAUGCGCCACGGCAAUGAUUUGCUCACUAUGGACGCCAUCCAGGACUGUGAUGUGAACUUAAAAGAGCAAGGUCAGCUCAUUCGACAGGAUGAGUUCACAGUUUUCUUCCGGAAGAAGAAAUGCCUCCGCCGCAUCUUCCUCUUUGAGGAUCUCAUUCUUUUCAGCAAGACCAAGAGGACAGAUGGAAAUGAUGUUUACGUCUACAAACAAUCCUUUAAGACCAGUGAUAUCGGAAUGACUCAUAACGCCGGCGUGAGCGGGCUGUCCUUUGAGAUCUGGUUCCGCAGAAGGAAGAGUGAGGACACCUACACUCUGAAGGCCAGCAGCACAGACAUGAAGAAAGCCUGGACCUCCGACCUGGAGAAGCUUCUCUGGGAUCAGGCGGCUCACAGUCGAGAGCUGAGAUUACAGGAGAGAGUGUUCAUGGGACUCGGCCACAAAACCUUCAUGGACAUUCAACCCAGUGACGCCGCCAUUUGUAACCAGGCCAUCAACGACGUCCUUCCCAGUAGAAUCCCUGUGGCGUGUUGUUCACACAGGACUGUAGAAUACGCUCGACCUCACUCCACUGGGUCCGCCUCCACCACCCUCAGCCAGUCGUCUUCUUCGUCGGGCCGUGGCUCUCUCUCCCCGGGUGGCUAUGCUGGGAACCCAUCUCACGGGGUGGAGAACGGUUCACCCGGCGGCCCCGUCCCAGAUGCCGCGCUGGAUAAUAAGAUCAACACGCGUCACUUUCAUCUUCACCAUGACUGUGAACGCUGGAAAACACUCCAUCAUCCACUGACCAUGGUGGACAUCACAGAUUCGUCCGAGGAGAGUGCCAACGUUUUCUUCAGCGACUCGGAGAACAGCUUUUUGUCGGCCCUUGGUGGAGAGGUGGUAGACUCUUCAUCCUCACUCAGCUCACAGAGUUCCAAGCCACGUCGCAUGAAUGGCUCACCGGCCAUCACCAGGAACAAACCACCCGUCGCAACCAAACCUCCACACCUGGCUAAUGCUCAGGAAGAUGUUUCCAUUGGAAAAUCAACAGAGGUUUAAGGGUGGAUUCCCACAGCCCGGUCUCACAUCUACACAUUCUGUCUGAUGUCCACUGGUCCACCUGUCCAUUGCUGAUGUAUUAUUUAUUUAAGUGGUUUUCUCAUCAAUUUAAUAGUUUAUAGACUUUGUGUGGUUACAUAGUCACACGCCAGUCAUCUAUUUUAUGGUUUUAAUGCCACAAUGUGUGUCUGUCAUUCAUAUGUGGUUGUAUUUGCCACACACCAAGUAGAGUUUUAUAUAAUACAAAAGAAAAAAAUACAUACAAAAAAAGCAUCAAAUAGCAAAAUAAUAAUAAGCAGAAUUCUUGGAAAUAGUUAAGUUAGUAUUUUAAAAUGAAAGAUUUCAUUAUUUGAUUUGAUCUCUUUGGUAAAAGUUUGUGAUUCAAAUAAAUAAUGUCUGUAAUGGUGUAUAGCAGUGGUCCCCAACCAGUCGGGGGGGUGUGGGUGUGGGGGUGUUUCGUACAUUAUAGCGAUCUAAUUUAUCUUAUUUAUUAUGUAUUGUGUAAAACUAAGACAUGAAUAACAUCAAAUUAAAAGUACAAAAUGAAUGCCGACCCACCAUCCACCAGUUCAAGUUCCAGCCAAGUUUUUCCAGAGAGAUUAUUACAUGGCUGUUUGACGUGUGUGGUAAAAGGCAGUGCGCUAGCAUGAAUUAACUUGAGACAAAUGUGCACAUUAGCACUCAAUAAGUCAUCAAAACUUACCUUUAUUCAUUCCCACAUAGUAUCAGCAUUUGACACCAAAUAUGAGGUGAAAGAAAAAUGGUAAAAAUACAGUAGUAGUCUAUCUGUGCGGCCUGAGAUAAAGUUAGCACACGCACAAUGGACAUGCGUCAAGUGAGACGGAUGUAACAGAGAGAAUCCGGCCACUUUUCAAAAUAAAACCAAAAAAAAAUGAAAUAAUGGAAAUUAUUUUUUCUUUCUGUGCGGCCCCGUACCAAAUGACCCACAGCCCGGGGGUUGGGGACCACUGGUGUAUACCACUGAGUAUGGAUACAUUAUUAAGUUCAACACACAGGACCAGAGACUAAUUUAUAUUUGCGUUCUCUUUUAUUUUUAUUCUUCAAUUACAAGUAUGUGACUUAAAUAAAUCCCAAUUCCAUAGGUAGCUCAGGAGCUAAUACAUACAUUUAUUUUGUGCCUUAUUCAAGUUAAUGCCGCUGCUGGCCUCCAGAUAGUUUGGGAAUUUUGUAAUUUACAAAAGGGAUACACCACUUUUAAAUAGCACAAAAAAAAAAAUCAUUUUUAUUGAUAGUAAUAAUAUUACAAUUGCAGGGAUACACAAACAAUGAACUGUGAAUUCAGGGUCCAGUACCUUUGUUGUUAUCACAAUUAUUAUGUAGAAGUUGACACAAAAUAUUGGAUUUAUUAUUUCAUUGUCAGGGCAAAAUGUGUAUUUUUCACAGUUCAUAUUUCCUGUGACGCUACUAACUGUUUUAUGACAUUGCUGCCCUUUUCUGUCGUUAAGGUGAGUUGAUGUAUUUAAAUUACAUCACUGCUGUCACCCUAUUCUCCUCUUUGUGAAAGUGAUAUAGACGUGACUCAUUGUAAAAGUGAAAAUGCACAUCAGUGCAUGCUUUAGUAAUACAAAAAUAAAAGCAAGAAAUUAUAAACAACUCAUGAGGAAUUUCAGACAAUAUUUAAAUACCUAUUUUAUCCAUCCAUCCAUCCAUCCAUUUUCUAUACCGCUUUUUCCUCAUUAGGGUCGCGGGGGCAUGCUGGAGCCUAUCCUAUUUUAUAUACAGUGGAAAAAUGUUAACUGUAACUAACAAUGGAACUUGUACAGAUUCAUUUUGUAUAAAGCUUUUUGAUGAUCUGUU